CGAUUUUCGAUUAAAACCUCGUUGUCUCUACUUUCAAUACACCUAUUUUCGUGAGGCUCCUAUAUUUAUUGCCGAGGAGUUAGGCAUGGGUAAAAAAAAGACAAAACGCUUGCCAAGACAGCCAAAACCAAAAAAAGACAAUCCGUUCGAGAUUCGAGUUAAUAAACGAAAAUAUGAUGUAUUAGGACAAAAAACUUUGAAACACGAAAAAGGUCGACCUGGUCAGAGUCGCACGAGGGCUAAUGAAAUUAGGUCAAAAAGUCUUUUAAAUGACUAUGAACGACGAAAGAAAGCCAGUUAUGGGGGGGUUAUAGAUAAGAGAAUAGGCGAGAAUGAUGCCAAUUUGGAUCCAGAGGAAAAGAACUUAAAACGAUGGGCUGCAGAAAGAAAAGCAACUAAUACCUUAAUGGAACUGGAUCAUGAAGACGUAUUAACUCAUUCUGGAAGGCCUUUAUCAGAAAUCGAACGAUUCGACGAUAAAGAUUUGGAAUUAAGUGACGAUGAUGACGAUGGAAUUAUAUCUGCUGACAUUGUUAAUGAGCAUUUUGGAUCGGGUAAUAUAGGCUCCGAAGCUACAAAAAAAACAUGGAAGGAACGUAUGGAAGAAAUUAUGGUAGAGUCCAAAAAACGCAAAUAUGAAAGAAAACUAGAAAAAGAUCGAGCCCAAGAGUUAACUGAAACUGUUGAUGCUGAAUGGAAAGAUAUUAUGCAUUUGGUUGCUGGCUCGGCGUCAUCAAAAGAUGGCGAAGUAUCUGAGAAGAAAGCGGUGGAUGAUUAUGAUAUGGCUGUCAGAUCUCUAAAAUUUGAUGCUCGAGCAUUAGCUGGGGAUAAACUUGUUGAUGAGGAAGAGGCAAAGCAAAAGAAAAUAAAACAGAAGAUGGAAGAAAGAGAUAAGCGGAUGAAGCUGACUAAUGGAGAGAACGGUUCUGAAAAGAUUCACGCUUCCGUAGAUGAUCUUGACGAUAAUUUCGCUUUUGGAAAAGAUUCAAAAGAAUUAAAUAGUGAUCAGGGUGAUAGUGAUGACUCAGAUGAGGAAAGUGAGUCUGAAGAGGACGAGGAAAAUGGUUUAGAGGGAAAUUUAGAAUUCGAAGAAAAGGAAGAUGAGGAUGGCAAUGAUGAAGGUAAAGAAGAAGAUGCCAGUAUGGAUAGCGAAAAUGAUGAUGGGGAUCCAUUACAGGAUCUUUCCGAUUUGGAGAGCGACAACUCCGAUGAAGAGGGAGCUGAAGAUAUUUCCGAUUCAACCAUCAAGUCAGAUCAAAUUUUCGUCAGCGAAGAUUUUAAAUCACUUUUUGCAAACAUUCAAAUGGCAAAUCUAUCUGCGAAAGAAUUCAAAUCGAAAUUAGAAGCAAUAAAAUCUAAGGGAAAAUCACUGUUAUGUGAUGCAGUUGUUGUUUGUAAAGAAUGCUGCCAAAAGGGAAAUAUUCAACUGUUAGAUGUUCUUGCACCAUUUGUUUACACUCUUGCUGAAAAGAAUCCAAAAAGUGCUGCUGCAUGUUUUUUAAAUCAUUUAACAGAAAUGAAAUCAUCUCUUCUUGAAGGAAAAGUUUCAAAUCCUGCCGAAAUUAUUCUUUUUAUAAAAUUUGUUGUAGCUAUAUUUCCAGCCUCCGAUGCUAGGCAUUGUGUUACAACACCGGCUAGUGUUCUAUUAAGUUACAUUCUGAAGACUAUGAAAUUAAAAUCUCUUCGACAAAUAUUCUUGGCCCUUUUUGGUUGCUCUAUAGCCUUAGAAUAUACGGAACGUGCUCGGAGAAUAAGUCCUGAAGCUGUGAACAUUUUAAAUGCAAUCCUUAAAUUGUGCAUAUCAAAGCAUUCCUAUCCUUUUACAUCAACGAAAAAAUUAGAUAUUCUGAAUUUGAAAGAUAGUGCGAAACUUAAACAUUUGGACGAAAAAGAGAGAGUCGAUUUGAAAUUUGUACUUUUCAGUUGUUAUGGCAGUGUUGCCGACGAUAAGCACAAGGGUUUGGUCAUCUUAAACACUAUAAAAGUCCUUAGGAAGUUUAUUGAAUGUUACCCAAAAAAUAUUGGUGGCGCAGAAGCUUUUUGGGAACCUGUUCUAUCAACAUGCGAAUUGUUUGAAAAAUCUAAAAAUCAUUCAUCAUUAAAAGCGAAGGUAAAACAUCUUGUAAAUGAAAUAAAACUGUGCUAUCCGUCAAAAUUACAAAGCCUUAAAAGAGACAAACAAGCCCCUGUCAUGUUAAAAAUGUUGGAACCUAAAUUUGAAAACGUUGAAGAAGUUGGUAGGAGCCACAAAAAUAACAAAGGAAAGUCACGAGAGAAAAUUGAGAAAGAAAUUCUACAUGCAAGAGUUAAAAAGGAAAAGAAAGGUGCUAUUAGGGAGUUACGACGAGACGCUGCUUUCUUAGCAAAGAAACGUCUACUGGAUGAUAUAACUAAAGAUAAACAGAGGAAAGCAAAAGUUAAGAGAAUCUAUUCACAAUUGGCCCAACAAGAAGGCGAUUAUAAUGCCCUUCAGAAAAAGAAAAAAUCAUAGUGUUUAUGCUAAAGUCUCCACUUUAAAUUCUCAUAAUAAUGUACAUUAUUCGUUCAUUUUUCAAGGACGAAAAGUGAAAUUGUUUUGUAUUAAACGUUAUAAAUUUGUUACUAAACUGCUUGUUAGUAACUUUCAAAACUUGUUUUUUUUUCAUACGAUAUCCCUCGUAUUAGGAAUGGUGAAAUUUGAAUUACUGAUUCAAAGUGUUAUUUUUGUAAAGAUUUUUGUAAAAAUUUCGGGUAAAUAAUACACAG